AUGAUCGGUGCUACUAGGCGCUGGUUCCGGCGCAAUCGCAAGGGUCUCGCGAUCGGGGCUGGCGUGAUCGGAGCUGGUUACCUCGCAGGUCAAUACGUGCUUUCUAAAAUAUCGGAAGCACGGGAACGUAUGAGCAGUGACCGAAUUGCUCGGGAGAAUUUACGGCGACGCUUCGAACAAAACCAGACAGAUUGCACUUAUACAGUUCUCGCUCUCUUACCGACCGCUGCAGAAGAAAUUUUAGACACUCUACCUGUAGAGGAAUUGACGAAGGAGCUACAAAGAAAGCGUGCAGAGAGGUUGGCUAGGCUUAACGCCGGAGAAGGAACCGGAUCAGAGCUAAGCUCCAUAUCCCCCAGCUUACCGGAGGAUGACCGACGGAGCCUAUCCAGCUUUCAGAGCGAUGGGUUCGUCCGCGCAAGCCAAUUGGGAGAAUCUCCCGUUGAGGGUGAUAAUAAGACGCGACCGAAGCGAAAUAAGACUCAGCUUUGGAAUGAGGUCAAAAUUACUUCGAUCACUAGGUCCUUUACUCUCAUAUACACUCUUUCUCUGUUGACCGUCUUUACACGCAUCCAACUAAACCUUCUCGGUCGCCGGAACUAUCUCUCUAGCGUAAUCUCUAUGGCAACACCUCCUGCUAAUGAUUCGACGAUUAGGCUGGAAGACCAUGAUGAUGAUCUCACGCAGACUCUGGGAAAUGAUUUCGAGACUAACCGACGAUAUCUAGCCUUCAGCUGGUGGCUGCUUCACCGAGGUUGGAAGCAGUUAAUGAACGAGAUCCAGACUGCCGUCACGGAGGUCUUUGGUCCACUUAACCCUCGUGAGGAUGUCUCGUUGGCCAGUCUGUCAGAACUAUUUCUAGCGGUCCGGAAGCAGGUAGAAGGACAUACCGAGGAGGAGAGAAAGCAUAGAAAGUGGCUAUCCUAUCUGCUUCCUCCUUGCGAAGAGGAGGAUAAAUUGCUAGACGAGUCCGGUGUUCUCGGAGUAACGGAACUCGCGACCUCACAAAUUACAUCCACAUUACGACACCUAUUGGACGAGACGGCCGACCUGAUUGAAUCCCCAACUUUCACCCGUGUUUUGAUGCUUCUAAACAACGAAUGCUUUCAAACACUGAUCCAGCAAUGUACCGCUGAUGCCUUCAAGUCGGCAUCGCAAACCCCACGUAGCGUUCCCCAAUCAUUCACUUCGGUUGCCACGGUUAUCCCAGGAGGUGAUAGCUCAGAACCCAAGACAAAGCUUGCCAACGUUCUGGCGGUUUUGGCUCGGCAGGCACACGUGAUUGGCAAUGGUACAAAUCCUCCUAAUCUGUACCUGGCUGCGAUGGAUCAAGGUGUUCGAGAGUUGGAAGCCUUCGCAGCUGUAAUCGAAGGCCAGGUCGACACGCAACCAACCGACCUUCCCCAGCUAAAGCAUACGACGGAGCGCAAACUUAUGGCUAAGAUUGACUGGCAUAUCGUGCCCUGUCUGUGCGUUAUGUAUCUUCUCGCAUUCUUGGAUCGUGUGAACAUCAGUAACGCAGCAGUCCUUGGUCUACAAGAAGACUUGAACAUAGUCAACGGGACGAAGUAUAAUACUGCAUUGACUAUUUUCUUCGUUCCAUAUGUCAUUUUUGAAAUCCCAUCCAACAUCUUGCUUAAGAAGUUGCGACCCCAUGUAUGGUUGUCGGCAUGUAUGUUUUUAUUCGGUCUGGUGACGAUCUGUCAAGGCCUAGUCUCCAACUGGGGCGGAUUGAUGACGACUCGGUGGUUUUUGGGGGUGUUUGAGACGGGCAUGUUCCCUGGCUGUUUCUAUCUCUUGGGAAUGUGGUAUAAACGUAGCGAGGCACAGAAGAGGUUCAGUUUCUUCUUCAGUUCAACCACACUUGCGGGCGCCUUUGGUGGCUUGCUGGCUAGUGGACUUGGAAAGAUGGAUGGAAUUCGUGGCUAUGGUGGCUGGCGCUGGGUCUUUAUCAUUGAAGGCCUGAUCACUUGUGUCGUCUCGAUUGUCUGGUUCUUUAUCAUCCCUGGUUUCCCUGAAGAGGUCAAGUGGCUCACCGAAGAAGAGCGUGACUUCAUCCGUGCAAAACUGGCCAAAGACUCGGGAAGCGCCGGCCACGAUGUUAAGAUAGGUCUGCGUGACGUAUUGGAGGUCUUUAAAGACUCCAUCAAGACUCAGUUGUAUUCAAUUCCGCCGUGGGCAGCUGCCUGGGGAUUUUCUAUGGUGGUAGCCGUUCUCUCUGACAAGACCAGACAUCGAUUUGCCUUUACUAUAGGGCCCAUGCUGAUUGCUCUGGCUGGAUUUGGAAUCUUGUUGAAUGUGCAUGGACAGGCUCAUCGGAACGUUCAGUACGGCGCCUUGUUUAUGGUGACAUCAGGUUGCUACAGCGCAAUGCCCGUCAUUGUUUGCUGGUUCGCGAUGAACUUGGCAGGUCAUCGUAGGCGAAGUGUGGGGACAGCCUGGCAAAUUGGAUUUGGAAAUAUUGGUGGCAUCAUCUCCACAUAUUCCUUCUUGAAGAAAGAUGCACCGGAGUACCGCCCGGGAUAUAUCAUUAGUAUAUCAUUCCUUGGCUUUUCAGCGGCCUGUUGCAUAGCUUACUUUGCGGCCAUCUGGUAUGAAAACCGGCGUCGCGAUCAGAUCGAAGCACCUAGAGAAGAAGAAACACAAGAGCACUUGGGCGACAUGGCAUUGAAUUAUCGCUAUAACUACUAG